AGAAGUUACUUUAGUUACCAUAUUGAACGCCAAUGUCUCCCGCGAUGGCAAUGAUUGAUCAGAGGAAUGAAGAAGAUCAUAUAAUAGAAAGUGAAUAUCAUAAAGGAGUGAAGAACAUGUAUGAAAAAGGUUAUCUUCACAAAGUUCCAAAGAAGUAUAUAUUUCCAGCCUCAGAAAGACCCACCACUAGUAUGAAUGAUUCCAAUUCUCCCAAGGAAAAUCUUCAGCUACCUAUCAUUGAUUUUGCGGAACUUAUUGGUCCAAAUAGGCCACAAGUUCUUCGAUCCUUAGCCAAUGCUUGUGAACAAUAUGGAUUUUUCCAGCUAGUGAAUCAUUCCAUAUCAGAUGAUAUAACAAGAUGCAUGAUAGAUGUGAUAGGAAGGUUCUUUGAUCUUCCAAUGGAGGAGAGAUCUAAGUAUAUGACAACUGAUAUGAGAGCAGCUGUGAGAUAUGGAACCAGUUUUAGUCAAACAAAAGACUCCGUGUUCUGUUGGAGAGAUUUCUUAAAACUCAUUUGUCAUCCUUUGCCCGAUUUUGUUCCUCAUUGGCCUGCUUCUCCAUCGGAUUUUCAAGAAGUGGUUGCCACCUAUGCAAAAGAAACCAAACAAUUGUUCAUGGCAAUAAUGAAAGCUAUUCUAGAAAGUUUAGGAAUUAUGGAAGACAACCAAGAAGAGAUGACAAAAGAAAAGGACAAUAAUGAUAAUAAUAAUAUUAUGAAAGAAUUGGACAAUGGAAGCCAAAUGUUGGUCACCAAUUUCUAUCCACCAUGUCCUGAACCAGACCUAACCUUAGGAAUGCACCCUCAUUCUGAUUAUGGCUUCCUCACAUUACUUCUUCAAGAUGAAGUUGAGGGUUUGCAAAUUCAAUUUCAAGACAAAUGGCUCACGGUUCAACCUAUUCCCAACGCUUUCGUCGUCAACAUUGGCGAUCAUUUAGAGAUAUUUAGCAACGGAAAAUACAAGAGUGUAUUACAUAGGGUUUUGGUGAAUGAAGUUAAGAGUAGAAUAUCUAUUGCUUCACUGCAUAGUCUUCCCUUUAACUGCACUGUGAAACCGUCGCCCAAACUCAUUGAUGAAGAGAAUCCAAAGCGUUACAUGGACACAGAUUUUGGUAGCUUUCUUGCGUAUGUGUCCACCAGAGAAACCAAGAAAAAGGAUUUCCUAGAAUCGAGAAAAUUGACAAAUUCAUAAUUAUUGAGCAAACUAAUUAGUAAUGGAAUAAGAGUUAUAGGUAAUUAGACAUUGAAGUGAUCAAAGUAGCAAGAGAGAGAUACAAUCUGUCACCAACCACAAUGUAUUAUAUAUAUUGAGUCAUGCUAUUUGUUACUAUGUUUUUUUGAAACAAAGUAGAAGAAUCAACACUUGUCAAUGGGUUAAAGAAUAAUAAAUAUUGAUAAAAAAAAAAUUGUUGGAAAUCACAAGAGUAGUGGUAGUUAAGAGCAGUGGAGGUUUGUUCCUUGCAAUUCUUAGUUUUACAAUUCGUAAAACUAAGCAUUUCUAUUAUAUUGUUAUUGUAUUCAUGAUCCUUCUUUGUGUGAAAAUUCUAUUAUUUUUGAAAAAAAGAAUUGAAAAA